AAGAUAAAGUAAAUAAUUAUUAAAUCUUUAUAUAUACAUGAUGUUGUUUUGGAGCACUACUACAACUCCUGUACUGCUACUCCCAAAGCUCAAGCUAGUUCCUUCAGAGCUCUAAACUAGGUUUUGAAACCUUGAAACAACACUCAAAACUUGGUUGAGCGAGCUCAAAGUUUUGCAAUCAUGUUUCCCACCAGAGACAUACCUUCACCAUCAUCGCUAUUUUCAGCCUAUGCUUCCAUGGCCGCUUCAAUGAUGCUUGUCCGCUCAAUGGCCAACGAAAUCAUUCCCCAACCGGUUCGUGGCUUUCUUCUAUCCACCCUCAGAUACUAUUUCAAGCCUCAUUCGGAUAGACUUACCCUAAUCAUCGAAGAGAACUGUGGCAUGUCCCGGAACCAAGUCUACGAUGCUGCAGAGGUUUACCUCUGCACCAAGAUCAGCCCCAACACCGAGAGGCUUAAGAUCAGCAAAAGCCCCAAGGAGAAGAAUCUUAUGAUCCGGCUGGAGAAGGGAGAGAAACUGAUUGAUUUCUACGAUGGGGUUGAGCUUAAGUGGAGAUUUGUUUGUGCCGAGUCAGAGAAAAGCAACCCCAACGAUUCUCAACCGAGAUCUGAAAAGCGCUUUUUUGAGCUGACUUUUCUCAAGAAACACAAGGAACGGAUCUUGAACACGUACGUGCCGUUUGUCCUUGAGAGAGCCAAGGCCAUUAAAGAUGAGGAGAGGGUCUUGAAGAUGCACACACUGAAUAGUUCCUACGCUUAUCAUGGAGUCAAGUGGGAGUCCAUUAAUCUGGAGCACCCGGCUACGUUUGAGACCCUAGCCAUGGACCCAGAACUGAAAAAUUCUGUUAUAGAGGACCUAGACAGGUUUGUGAAGAGGAAAGAGUUUUAUAAGAGAGUAGGGAGGGCAUGGAAACGAGGGUACUUGUUGUAUGGACCUCCAGGCACCGGAAAAUCCAGCUUGAUUGCAGCCAUGGCUAAUCACUUGAGGUUUGACGUCUAUGAUCUGCAACUUGCAAAUAUACUGCGGGAUUCUGACCUGAGAAAAUUGUUGCUGGCUACUGCAAAUCGGUCCAUACUUGUGAUUGAAGAUAUUGAUUGCAGCGUCGAGCUUCAAGAUCGUCGGCGUGUAGAUGGGCGUAAGCAAUCUGAUGCACAGAUGGUGCAGUUGACACUCUCUGGACUACUAAACUUCAUAGACGGGUUAUGGUCAAGCUGUGGAGAUGAGAGAAUCAUCGUCUUCACCACCAAUCACAAGGAAAGGUUAGAUCCUGCACUGUUGCGUCCUGGGCGCAUGGACAUGCACAUUCACAUGUCCUACUGCACCUCGCAUGGCUUCAAGCAGCUGGCCAACACUUACCUGGGAAUCCGCGGCCACCACUCCCUGUUUUCAGAGAUCGAAGGCUUCCUAGAAAACACACAUGUAACUCCUGCACAGGUUGCCGAAGAGUUGAUGAAGAGUGGCAGUGCUGAAGUUGCACUCCAAGGACUCAUCAAGCUUCUCAAGCGGAAGAACAUAGAAGGCGAUGAUGCUGAUGCUGCUGCUGCUGCAGAUCAGAAAAAUGCUGGAAUUCAGAAGGCCAAAAGGCAGAAAUUGGAGAACAAACCAAGAAAAUCUACGAGGAACACUAGAGCAAAGAGCAUGGUCAGGAGAAGAAAAUGUUUGUAAUCAGCCAUGCCAGCUAUAUAUAGAAUUGAGUAGCGCCUUAUCUUUUCAGACUGGGGUUAGAUUCAUGUCUCGACAGGCUACUCUAGGGUUUAAAUGACAAGAGAACCAAGUGUUAUGGAAGAAGCCCAGAUGAUUAAUUUUCCCAUCGAACAGAAUAGGACUAGAAAAUUAAGGAACUCCAAGUCAUAUACUUGAGUUGGGUUUUC